GUCCAAACGUUUUGGCGGGUCAUUAACAAAUCACAACAAAUUUUAAAUUAGCAAUCCUUACCAAAUCCCUAACUUUCCCUCCAAUCAGUCGAUUCAUUCGCAUUUCCCUUUCUUCUCCCAUUUUCUAGGGUUAAUGCUUCUGUCUUUGCUUCAUUUCAGGUAGGAACAACAUUCAAGCUGUUUUUGAAGGUUGUCUGUAUCAAGUCAAUUAUCAGAAGAAUUUGUCCAUGGCUUCUGUUCUCUCAUCAACAGUUCUCUUCUUGCUUUUGAAGUUCGAGACUAAGAUUUGGUGCAAAUAAAUUAAGCUAAACAUUAGGUGAACAAUUACCAACUGUCUUUCUCCUUCCUUCUGACUUAAAGAUUGUAGAAGUCCAUUAGUUAUUAGACGCUCUGAAAGUAUAGCUCAUUACAAUACUGAAGUAUCACACAGCUUCUGUUUUGGUUGGUGAAAUUAGCAAUAAAUGUAAAAUCACAUAUUUAUCAUUCCGAAUUCUCCUACCGAUUCAACUUAAGAAGUUAAGCUUAUUAUCGCUUCCAAAUUUAUUACACAGAUGGAUUCUCGCGGUAAAAAAAUAAAAAAAUCUAAGAAGAAGAAGCACACUUUACCUAGAUCAAGUCAGCUUCCUCCACCUACACCAAAUAUGAGCCCUCUUCCUAUUAUUCCUCGUCCUCCCAAGCCAGCUUCACAGUCAUCUGACUUUUUCAAAGUCCCUCCCCCGUCUAGCUCGCUUCAGUAUUACUUCAUUCCUUCUCAUGGUGGCUCAGCUUCGACCACCAUCAAUUUCAUACCCACGCCUCAUUUCCCAGCUUCUUCCCCGCGUGGUCCUGCUAGUCAGAUUGGCGGCUCACCACCGAUUGCAUCCCCGAGCCAUCAUAGUAGCCAGCAUGGCGGUUCAUCUUUUGUGCCUCAUACAUCGCCCACUCAAUUAUCAUCUCCAGCAUCAUCCACUCCAAGUAUAUCUAACUUGGAUAUUGGAGGCUCUCACGCAGCUGCGUCCCCAUCUACCAGUACGUCUACAGUUGCUGGUACUGUGAGAAAUUGUACAGGAGGGACUGUACAGUAUGAUUAUCUUCAUCGGCUGAUUAUCGUUCCCCGUGACGACGGGUUUUUGCCAUCCUUUCAGACCGCGCAUAUGGUGAUGGAAUCUAUGAAGCCUUUUUUUAACGAGCCUUGGAAUUUUUGGAGACAGAUACCAUACCAGAUCAGAAUGAAUAUGUGGCAACAAUUUAAGGUUUAGUGCGUAUGGCAGACAACACUUGAAAAUCUGGUGCAUGAUAACUUCGAGAAGAAAGCACAGAAGCUGAUAAUAAAUUCACAUCAUGUUGCUAGGAAAGGUGGCAAAAAGCCUAAUUGGAUACGUGAAGAUGUCUGGAAUCAGCUCUUGGCGAAGUGGAAUACCCCUGAGUAGAAGAAGAAGAGUGAACAAGCAAAGUAUAACAGAGCUUCUACUAAGGUGGAGCAUUGCAUACUGGAGGUUCUAUUAGUUUUGCAGCCCAUCGUUGGAGAAUGGAAAAGGAACAUGGGGGAGAUGUGACUUAUGCUGAGGUCUUUGCAGAGACUCACAAGAAGAAGAAGAAGGAUGGCACAAGAGAAGGAUGGAGCGAACCGCGUGCUUUAGAGACAUUUGUAUAAUCCAAACACCAACACUAUAUUAUUUUUCCUUCUUGGUUUAUUUUAUUUAUAUAACGUGUAUUAUUUUUAUUUCGGGACAAGUAUCAUAUUGAUCUUGAUGCAUGGCAACAAACUCAGCCUGAAGGGACUCAGCCGAGCCCAGAGGAUAUGACUGCAAUUUGGACACAAGCGGCUGGUGGCGUGAAUAAAGGUCGAGUCUACAGGAUUGGAGUAUAGCCAUCCUCCAGUCGCCUACCAACAACAUUAUUCACUGGGGCAUCAGUUUCCCAAGAAGACAUUGAAGCUAUGCGUCAAAAAGUGGAUCAAAUGUUGCAAGAACUUCAAGAAACUCAGGCUUUGAUCCAAAAAGUAUUAAAAAAGAAAAGCAAGAAAAGAGCUGCAAUGGAGUCUGAGUCUGAGGAGGAGAUUGAAUCUGAAUAGGCUAUUUGAAUGUUUUAGAGUUGAAGUUAGAGACAUGUUUAAUUUAUGUUGUUUGAUAGUUCGUUGUUUCAUUAGUUGGUUAAAUUGUUAUAAAUAUUAUUGUUCGCUUUGUGGUAAA